UUUGGGCCUUACGUGGGCUCUUUUUUUCCUUCAAUCCGACGACAAACUGCAGAACCAGAGAGGAGAUGCCAUUGCUGUUGGUUAACAACUGAGUCUGCCAUGGCAAUAUCAAUAUCCUUCAUGCUGCUUCCCGCCAUAUUCGUCUCUCUUUUUGCCUCUCUCACCGUAUCAAAUGCCCUGAUUCCCUCCAUCCAUUACCAAACGCCGUCCUCUUGUUCCCGAGACCACAACUCUUUCGCAUGUGAGGUGCAAGAGGCCAAGCGCAAGAUCGCUCGACUAGAAUCGAUCCUUGAGGAAAGAAUUGAAGAGAUAAAUGCGAAAAGCCGGUAUUUCGGAGAAUGUGAGAAGAAAAUUGGGGAGUUGACUACAGAGAUUGGUCGUCUGAAAACCACUUUGUCGAGUGUUGAGCAUGAUUACUCGCGUGCAAAUGAAAAGCUGAGUGCUCUUGAGGAAGAGGUCCGACUUCUAUGGGCAGCCUCUCGGAAAAAUAACUUUGAGAUUCACAGAUUGGAGCACAAGGCAUUAGAUGCUGAAAGAAGAUUAAAAGAAAUUAGUUUACAAGUUGGAGAGAGGACUGAAAUUGUAUCGGAACAGUGGAUUCAAAUUCAGCAACUUGAGCAGGCUCUUCACAUGACUGAGAUGCGAACUUCAAAGAUUAGAAAAGAACUGUGGAGAAGAUGCCCGUUUGUGAAGUUCUGUGCAAGUCUUUUUGGUGAUUGUCUCAACAUGCUAAAGAGGAUUCUCGAUCCGUAUGUUUUGGGAGAUGGACCUGUGGUGGGUUUCUGCAAGUCUCAAGCUUUGCAGACAUUUGAAGUUGCAAAACACUAUCACCAUCAGUUGCAAGGCUUCAUAAAGCAUGCAAUGAAAAGCAAUGAACUUACUGCAGGUCUCGCGCACGAGGAGGUGGUCUUUUUUGUGGCAUCUGCCCUGGUUGCUUUUCCAAUAAUGACAGCCUGCAUGUUACUCCUAUCACAAUUUAGCUAGCUGGAACCAUUAUUGUCGUGUAGACAAAGGUACUUGGCCUAAUCCAUCAUGUAUAACCUGAUGAUUUCUGAUCAGAUUUUAUCCAAGGAAUUAUUUGGUGAUAUCUUGGUAGUUGACUGUCGAGAAGGUGAUAAGGACAAAUGUUCUGGCAAAUGCUGAACUGAAGAAUUAUGGGGCUGUCUUGGUGUGUGCCAAUCAGGAAAACGAUAAGGACAUUUCUUGUAGCAAAUACUGCGACUAGAGUGUUUCCCCUCUUUCACUGCAAGAGUCAAAUUUGAUAACAAUCGGAAUUUCCUCGGAUUCGGUUCAACAUGGUUAAUCCUUUGGUUGAACUACAUGAUUGUUUCAUAUGUGAAGAAAGUAAUGCGGUCAGACGCCGCUAGCCUCUUUUACAGCUUCUUGUGUGCUAGAUGUACUUAUUUCCAGAUUAGGAAACUAGAUGAGAGUUAAAACACUAAUCAUAUACAUACAGUUUCAGACAUUUCGUGCGCUCAUACAUAGAAGAUUUUUAACUACUUUUUCGUGUAUGAAUCAUAUACGCCAUCUUUUACCUCUUCUUUUUAUUUAUCGGACAA